AUGCAGUUCCUCAGCAAGCCUCUCGUGGCCCUUGGCCUUCUCGGCUCUCUUGCUUCCUCCUAUCCUGUCCCUGUACCAUCUUUCACCACCUCUACCAUCUCUGGAACGUCUUCCGUUCCACUGGCGACAGGCAAUGCUGCCUGCCACGCUACCCAGCAUGUCAGCCAUCUUGGUACCCGCCAUGCUAGCCAUAAGGAUAAGCAUCAUGAAAAGGAUGACUCCAUCGAUUCAUUCGACCACUUUCAUGACUUCGUUGAUCACACCGAGAACACGGGAGUCCUCGCCGUGCAGCAGAAGCUGGCCAAGGAACUCGUCCCUGUCAGCUAUUUCUGCACAGGUCACGCGUACUGCGAAGAGGACACCCAUGGCAAGAAGUUCGUUACCGGUAAUCUUGGCAAAGCCCUCAAGAACGUCACCGUGUCCAUGGAGCAAGUCAAGUCCUCUCCUCUCACCAUCGAGGUCAAGAUCACCAACAACAGCACCGGCCCCAUCACCUUCUGGAAGGACCAGUCUCCAAUUAGCCCUUUUGCCCACGAGCUUGGCUACUUCGACAUCAAGGGCGAAAUUCACGGUGUCGUGUUCGGCGAGCGCACUUUCCCCAAGACCCGCGGCUACCGACCGGACAGGCGCAGUGACCUCGUCGAGCUCGGCCCUGGCGAGUGGGCGAGCGCAAACAUCGAGCUUCCCUUGUUCCCAGACACCGCUGAGGGUAAGACGUGGCGCAAGAUGGUCGAGAUGGGCGGCAAAACCGCAGUCAGGAUGUACGGAAGCUGGUAUGGUGUCUGGGCAGCUACCAAGGGGAUGGUCAUGGAAUCCGACAUGGACUUCAGCGGGGAUGGCUUCAACUUCUGGAAUAACCUCUACAUUCCGUGGGAGGCGAAAUUUCCUGAGGAGUCUAAGAAUUACCUGUCAGGGAUGGGCUUCGGCAUGGGCCUAGAGCUGGAGUAG